GGGCACCAUAUUGAAGGCUGCCAGCAGGCCAGGGUGUGAAGGUGGUCUGGGUUGGGGUGCGGGAUGCCGUCUCGCCCGCACCCUUCCCACCGCUAGCCAGGACCACGCCGCGCGCCGUCCCGCGUGACUCGCAUACGCAAUGCAGCCAUGCUCAGCGAGCGGCCAUCACUGAUUGCCAUGGGGCAAGGAUGAGCUUGGAUGGCUUAUUGUGGACAGGUCAGCUCAGAAGAGGCAGAGAUCCUUCCAGCACAGGACAUGGAAGCUUCUCCCUGUGAGUUUAAUACCAAAGACAAUCAAGAUCUUGGUGACAGACAGCACAGGAUAAGCCUUCAGAUAAGCCUCCACCAGAAAACAGCCUUGGAAGGAGUCAACUGCAGGGAGAAAGAACAAGAAACACAAGAAGAGGAACAUUUGAUGGAAGAAAAGAAAAAGAAAAAGCAGGAAGAAAAGAAAAAGAAGGAAGGUGCUCAGAAAAAGGCUGCUGAACAAAAAACCAAAGUGCCAGAACCUAUUAAGACCAGUUUAAGCCAGCCCCAACCUGCCGGUACCGGUACCAGUACUUCCACCAGCACUAUUACCAACAGCAGCAAUGGCAAGCGUGCGUCUGCUAAUGGGCAGCAGCCGGCUGCAUCCCGUUACCUGCCUCGUGAGGUGCCUCCACGCUUCCGCCAGCAAGAACAGAAGCAGCUCCUAAAGCGGGGGCAGCCACUGCCCACCGGGACUCUGACCGGCACCAGCCCAGCCCAAGGCACUGGGCAAGCAGGGGCCAGUCCUCCUCCACAGCAAGGAGCAGGUGGACAGCAUCAUCCCAGUAAGGCCCAAACAGAUCUCAGCCACAGUGGAUUGGGAGACCAUUAUGAGAAUUCCCACUGGGGACAGCAGCCCGCUUUCCGGAGUGAAGGCAACUGCAGCUGGGAUAAAGUGAUAAUAGACAGGACUGACAAGGAAGCGUGGCCUUCCAUUACCGGAGCUGAGACUGAGUCUGCCUCAGAAUGUACUACAGACACUGACUCUGCCUCCAACUGUGGCUCAGAGAACAGUAGCAUGGCUACAGGGAGUGCCCAAGGCAACUUCACUGGACAUACAAAGAAAACUAAUGGCAAUAAUGGCGCCAACGGAGCACUCGUCCAAAGCACUUCUAACCAGAGUGCCCUUGGAGCUGGCGGAGCAAACGGUAACGGCAACUCGGCCAGAGUGUGGGGUGUGGCUGCGGGCUCCAGCUCUGGCCUAGCUCACUGCUCUGCCAGUGGCGGGGAUGGAAAGAUGGACAACAUGAUGGGAGAUGGUAGAAGUCAGAACUGCUGGGGUGCUUCCAACUCAAAUGCUGGCAUUAAUCUUAACCUUAACCCUAAUGCCAAUCCAGCUGCCUGGCCUGUACUUGGACAUGAAGGAACUGUGGGAGCAGGCAACCCUUCCAGUAUUUGCAGUCCAGUCAGUGCCAUAGGUCAGAACAUGGGCAACCAGAAUGGGAACCCAACAAGCACCUUAGGUGCUUGGGGAAACUUGCUGCCGCAAGAGAGCACAGAACCACAAACGUCCACUUCUCAGAAUGUGUCUUUCAGCGUACAACCUCAGAACCUUAACACUGAUGGACCAAAUAACACUAACCCCAUGAACUCUUCACCAAACCCUAUCAAUGCAAUGCAGACAAACGGACUGCCGAACUGGGGGAUGGCUGUUGGUAUGGGGGCCAUCAUCCCGCCCCACCUGCAAGGCCUUCCUGGUGCUAACGGAACAUCAGUUUCUCAAGUCAGCGGGGGCAGUGGUGAAGGAAUGGGCAGUUCAGUGUGGGGGAUGUCCCCAGGUAAUCCUGCCACAGGAAACAGCAAUUCUGGGUUCAGUCAGGGGAAUGGAGACACUGUGAACUCAGCAUUAAGUGCUAAACAAAACGGAUCCAGCAGUGCUGUGCAAAAGGAAGGAAACGGAGCGAGCGCCUGGGAUUCGGGGCCUCCGUCUGGUCCUGGGGUACUACCGUGGGGCCGGGGUGGUGGCGGCAACAGCGGUGUUGGUAAUAGUAUGCAUUCUGGAGCUUGGGGCCACCCCAACCGCAGCACCAGCAACGGUGUGAACGGUGAGUGGGGCAAGCCCCCGAACCAGCAUUCCAAUAGCGACAUCAAUGGGAAAGGAUCGGCAGGGUGGGAUAGCUCCAGUGUUACCAGUCCGAACCCUGCCAUGCAGCAGGGCAGCGAACAAAUAAACUCUUGGGCCAAAGCUGCAGCAUCUGGCACCACAGCUAGUGAAGGAAGUAAUGACAGCGGUGGGAGUCAAAAUGAAGGCAGUACUGGGAGGGAGGGGGCUGGAGAGGGCAGGAGAAGAGACAAAGGGAUGAUAGACCAAGGGCAAGUUCAGUUGCCAAGAAAUGACCUUGACCCCAGGGUCUUGUCCAAUACGGGGUGGGGACAGACCCCUGUAAAGCAAAACACUGCCUGGGAAUUUGAAGAGUCCCCGAGGUCUGAGCGAAAGAAUGACAAUGGAACAGAGGCCUGGGGUUGUGCAGCUACUCAAUCUUCAAACUCAGGGGGGAAGAACGAUGGGUCCAUCAUGAACAGUACAAAUACCUCUUCAGUAUCUGGGUGGGUCAACUCUCCACCGGCAGCUAUUCCAACAAAUACAGGUUGGGGAGACAAUAACAACAAAGCACCAAAUGGCCCCGGGGGAUGGGGAGAGUCAGCAAGCUCUACUACUGUUAAUAAUGCUGCUGCUGCCAAAAGCGGCCACGCUUGGAGUGGGACCGCAAAUCAGGAGGACAAAUCACCUACCUGGGGUGAACCUCAGAAACCCAAAUCUCAAAACUGGGGAGAUGGACAGAAAUCAAAUCCAAGCUGGACUUCAGGAGGUGGAGAUUGGACAGAUUCAUCAUCUGUUCCCGGACACUUGGGUGAUGGGAAGAAGAAUGGAUCUGGAUGGGAUUCUGACAAUAGAUCAGGGUCUGGUUGGAAUGAUUCCACAAGGUCUGGGACCAGUGGGUGGGGAAAUGGCACAAACAGCAAGGCUAAUACAGGUACAAGUUGGGGAGAAUCUUUGAAGUCAGGCCCCCAGCAAAAUUGGGCUAAUAAACCCCAGGACAACAAUGUGAGUAACUGGGGUGGAGCUGCUUCUGUAAAACAGACGGGGUCAGGGUGGGUUGGUGGGCCAGUGCCAGCCAAACAAAAAGAGAACUGUGAGGCAACUGGCUGGGAAGAGCCAUCUCCACCGUCCAUUCGCCGCAAGAUGGAAAUCGAUGAUGGUACCUCAGCUUGGGGCGACCCAAAUUACAACAACAACAAGACUGUAAACAUGUGGGAUAGAAAUAAUCCUAUCAUUCAGAGCAGUACCACAACCAACACCACCACCACUAGCACCAUUAUCAACACAAACAUGGUUGAACCUCAGCCAUCGCACCAGUCAAGUGCCCAGCCGAACCGGUCCCCGCUGCUUGGUCCAGCAGGCUGGGGCGAAAUGCCUACUGUCCACACGAAGAGUGAAGCUUCUUGGGGAGAGCCGUCAUCCCCUUCUGCUGCAGUUGAUAAUGGCACUUCGGCCUGGGGGAAGCCCCCCAGCAGUGGUACAGGGUGGGGAGAUAAUCCUGCCGAGCCGGCAGGGACAUAUGGAAGAACAAACCCUCCAGCUGCUGCCCCAGCACUGUGCAAACCAGCUUCAAAAUCUAUGCAAGAAGGCUGGGGCAGUGGUGGGGAUGAAGUGACUCUCAGUACUAGUCAGUGGGAAGAUGAGGAAGGAGAUAUGUGGAAUAAUACUGCUUCACAAGAGAGCAGCUCCUCCUGUAAUUCCUGGGGGAAUGCCCCGAAGAAAGGACUUCAAAAGGGCAUGAAGACAUCUAGCAAGCAAGAUGAGGCCUGGAUCAUGAACCGCCUGAUAAAACAGCUCACAGACAUGGGCUUCCCUAGAGAGCCAGCGGAAGAGGCCUUGAAGAGCAACAAUAUGAAUCUCGAUCAGGCCAUGAGUGCUCUGCUGGAAAAGAAGGUGGAAAUGGACAAGCGUGGAAUGGGAGUGACCGACUAUAAUGGAAUGGUCACCAAACCCCUUGGCUGCCGCCCACCACCAAUCUCCAAAGAGUCUUCCAUGGACCGCCCCACCUUCCUUGACAAGCUCACCCUUUCUUUCUCCAAUCAGGAUGGCGGCCUAGUGGAAGAGCCCACUACUUCACCAUUUUUGCCUUCACCAAGCCUGAAGCUCCCCCUUUCAAACAGUGCACUCCCUAAUCAGACCCUGGGCGGGAUUGCCUCAGGGCUGGGCAUGCAAAACUUGAAUUCUUCUAGACAGAUACCGAGUGGCAAUCUGGGUAUGUUUGGCAAUAGCGGAGCAGCACAAGCCAGGACCAUGCAACAGCCGCAGCAACCGCCAGUGCAACCUCUUAAUUCAUCCCAGCCUAGUCUUCGUGCUCAAGUGCCUCAGUUUCUAUCCCCUCAGGUUCAAGCACAGCUUUUGCAGUUUGCAGCAAAAAACAUUGGUCUCAGCCCUGCACAGUUAACCUCGCCAAUUAAUAAUCCUCAGCAUAUGACGAUGUUGAACCAGCUCUAUCAGCUGCAGCUGGCGUACCAACGUUUACAAAUCCAGCAGCAGAUGUUACAGGCUCAGCGUAAUGUUUCCGGACCCAUGAGACAACAGGAGCAGCAAGUUGCACGUACAAUCAAUAACAUGCAGCAGCAGAUCCAGCAGCACCAGCGCCAGCUGGCCCAGGCCCUGCUUAUGAAGCAGCAGCCUCCCCCUCCACAUCUAUCUUUGCACCCCUCUGCAGGCAAAUCAGCCAUGGAUAGCUUUUCACCCCAUCCCCAGGCUCCCGGCCUACCUGACCUGCAGACCAAAGAGCAACAGUCUUCACCGAACACCUUUGCUCCUUACCCUCUUGCUGGACUGAACCCGAACAUGAAUGUAAAUAACAUGGACAUUACUGGUGGUUUGUCAGUGAAGGACACUUCUCAGUCCCAGUCUCGCCUUCCUCAGUGGACACACCCCAACUCAAUGGAUAAUCUGUCUAGUGCUGCUUCUUCGCUUGACCAGAACUCCAGCAAGCACGGUGCUAUACCUGGAGGUUUAAGCAUUGGUCCUCCGGGAAAGUCCUCCAUUGAUGACUCUUAUGGCCGGUAUGAUCUGAUUCAGAACAGUGAAUCUCCCUCCAGUCCACCUGUAGCUGUUCCUCACAGCUGGUCUCGUGCCAAAACCGAUAGUGAUAAAAUUUCCAAUGGCUCCAGCAUAAACUGGCCACCAGAGUUUCAUCCAGGAGUGCCAUGGAAAGGACUGCAGAAUAUUGAUCCUGAAAAUGACCCCGAUGUAACUCCUGGAAGUGUUCCAACUGGGCCUACCAUAAACACCACGAUACAGGAUGUUAAUCGCUAUCUUCUCAAGAGUGGAGGGUCAUCCCCAACAUCAUCUCAGAAUGCCACGCUGCCUUCAUCGAGUGCCUGGCCGCUUAGUGCCUCCGGCUACAGUAGCUCUUUCAGCAGCAUUGCAUCCGCACCUAGCAUUGCAGGUAAACUGUCAGACAUCAAGUCUACGUGGUCCUCUGGCCCAAUCUCUCACACACAAGCCUCUCUCUCCCAUGAACUAUGGAAGGUACCCAGAAACACUACUGCUCCUACAAGACCACCUCCAGGCUUAACAAACACCAAGCCAUCAUCUACGUGGGGUGCCAGUCCCCUGGGUUGGACCAGCUCUUACUCCUCUGGUUCUGCAUGGAGCACUGACAGCUCAGGGAGAACAAGCAGCUGGCUGGUUCUUCGAAACCUCACACCCCAGAUUGAUGGUUCCACACUGCGGACACUGUGUUUGCAACAUGGCCCUCUAAUAACAUUCCACUUGAACCUGACGCAAGGGAAUGCUGUGGUCCGAUACAGUUCCAAGGAAGAAGCAGCCAAGGCCCAAAAGUCUUUGCAUAUGUGUGUCCUGGGAAACACUACCAUCCUGGCCGAGUUCGCUGGUGAAGAAGAAGUCAACCGUUUCUUAGCACAAGGCCAGCCACUGCCACCCACCUCCAGCUGGCAGUCCAACACUGGAACCAACCAGACACGCCUGGGCUCCUCCAGCAGCUCCCACGGCUUGGUGCGCAACGACGCCGGGCACUGGAACACUCCCUGCCUGGGGGGCAAGGGGAGCAGCGACCUGCUGUGGGGUGGGGUGCCUCAAUACUCCAGCAGCCUUUGGGGACCCCCCAGCGCCGACGACGGCAGAGUCAUCGGAAGCCCAACACCUUUGAAUACUCUUCUUCCGGGUGAUCUUCUCAGCGGGGAGUCCAUCUAGGAAACAAGAGAAAUCAAACGGAAAUAACAAUCAUCAGCACUAAAGGAAAAGAAAAAAAACAAAAACAAACCAACCAGAAGGUGGUAACCCUUUCCAGUCCCGGGCUUGAUGAAGAACCCAGCUUUAAUGGAUCAGACUGGCAGCCCUUUUUUUUUUAUUAUUAUUAUUAUUAUUAUUAUUACUUUUUUUUUUUCUUCCAGUACCUCUGUCCAAUAUCAAAUAUGAAAACUGCAGAAAGUCCUUGUGAACUGUUCAUGAAACAGUAUGGGCUACUUUUGGUCAGUGUCACAUUGCUAAUGACAGAUUUUUACGUUGGUUUGGUUCUUUUUUUUUUUUUCAGUUGUUUGGUUUUGUUUUCCAUGGCUUUUUGGUUUUUAUGUUGUCUUCUUUUUUUUUUGUUUUGUAAUGUUUGUAUGGUGACUUUUCAAAACAAACAAAGUAUAAAAGCUGCUUAGAAUAGGUCUAUCAUGAAGGGCACUUUUCAGAAUUUGGGCUGGAAAGGGUUAUUUUAUCAACUUUUGGGGGAGGGGGGAGGGAAAAGGGUGGGGUGGGGGGGAAUGAAAAGCCUAUUUAAAAUGAGCCUGUGACUAUUAUGCACAUUACCAGAGGCGGACCCAAUAAUCAGAAAGGGUGAAGUGUGAGAGCUACCAUUGGUACAGAACAGUGACGAAUCCCAGCGGUGACUCUUGACUGUACAGGUUGAGGGAAAGGGGGGAAGAAGGGGAGGGGCAGGGCUUGGGGUAUCUCUGUGUCCACUACUCCCACGGAUCUGCCUAUGCACAUUACCCUUGUUUCAUUACUUUUUCAUGUCAUUUUUUUUUGUUUCGUUUUUAAUCCCCCCCAAAAAAAGAGGAAAAGAAAAAAAAAGUUUAAAAAAAAUCUGGAAAAAAAAAAAGCUGAAAAAAAAAAUCUGGAAAAAAAAAGCUGAAAAAAAAAUCUGGGAAAAAAAACUGAAAAAAAAUCUGGGAAAAAAACUGAAAAAAAAUCUGGAAAAAAAAACUGAAAAAAAUCUGGGAAAAAAAGCUGAAAAAAAAUCUGGGAAAAAAAUGAAAAAAAUCUGGGAAAAAAAGCUGAAAAAAAAAUCUGGGAAAAAAACUGAAAAAAAAUCUGGGGAAAAAACUGAAAAAAAAUCUGGGGAAAAAAAUGAAAAAAAAUCUGGGGGAAAAAACUGAAAAAAAAUCUGGGAAAAAAAAGGUAAAAAAAAAUCUGGAAAAAAAAAAGGUAGAAAAAAAAAGCUGGAAAAAAAAGCUGAAAAAAAAUAUGGAAAAGAAAAGCUGAAGGAAAAUCUGGGGGAGAAAAAAGCUGGAAAAAAUCUGGAAAUAAAAAAAAAGGCUGAAAAAAAAUCUGGGGACAAAAAAAGCUGAAAAAAAUCUGGGGAAAAAAGCAGAAAAA